AUGCAGUACUUAAAUGAGCAAUGGGAAAUCCGUGAUACCGAUAUUGGAGUAUUGAAAAUAAAAUGGAUUUCCUAUGCGGGUGAGCGUUGGAGGGCUUUUAAAACAGCCCUAACCAGGAGAUAUUUAAAUGAUGGAGAAUUGAGUGACACAUCUCCACUCGAAAAGUAUCCUUUUCUUGAAGAGGAAACAUGGGAGAAGUUUAAGAAGAUGCGAGAGGAUCCUUCCUUUCUGGAGAAAAGAAAAAGGGGAAAAAUGGUUCAAGCUUGUAAUAAAUACCCCCACAUCAUGUCUCGUGGGGGAUAUGAGUUGAUUGAGGAAAAGAUGAUGCAAGAGAAAAUAAAACAAAGACAAGAGUCAGGAGAUUCCCUACUUACACCUCCAUCUCCACCAAAACGCCAUGAGAAAUGGAUAAGAGGACGAACAAAACAAUCAGGAGAGUACACAUCGGAAGAAACACGACUUGUUGCAGAUAAAAUUGAUUCUCUGGUUCAAAAAGAAGCUGAAGGAAGCUUUGUUCCUCAAGGACGUCAAGAUAUCUUGACGGAAGCGAUUGGGCAACCUGAACACCCUGGACGUGUUCGUGGUGUUGGUCGAGGUGUUGGAAUUCGAGACUAUUUUGGUCCACAUCCUCAUAAUGUUUCCUCUACCUCACCUGUUUUAAAUAGCAAACAAAUAGAGGCCAUAAAAUUAGUGCUUACAAAGGAGAUUCGAGAACAAGUGAUGCGGGACAUAUCGUCAAUGCCGGCUUUCUCUCAACAAUAUCCAAAUUUCCCGGUUUGUUCUCCUAAUACCACUAUACGUGCGAGCACGAAUGGUAGUUGUUCAGCAAUGCCGCAUAUGCAAGAGGAUGAGGAGGAUAUCCCUGAAGAGUGUGAAUUAUAUGUUGAUAAGAAACAUCACGUAGUGGCAUAUGCAAAUGUGUAUAAGUUGGGGCCCAUCAUACAUAAUCAAUUGUUAGAUAAUGAUAUGGCAAGGGUGGCGAUAACCAAGGUGCUAGAUUCAAAUGUUCAAGUCCCUAUGCCCACGGAUGAGGUGACAACGGUUGGUGAGGCUCUCAACAAUUUCAUUCAAUGGCCGAAAAGACUUUUGCGUCUUGUUACUAAUAAGGAUGUUGAAGGAAAUAAAAAAGAUUACAUUCCAUCUAAAAGGUCAGAAUCUGAAAACACGGGCGCUGAAAAAUUGAUGUUAAAGAUAAUGUCGCGAAAAGAUGCUGUGAAGUUCAAGUUGGAAGGGGAUGAUUUUUUUUAUCUCCCAAUCAAAGAUAUUAUGGAGUUGUGUAUGAAGACACAAGAUUUACGCAUCUCUAUUCUACGUAUAUGGCUGCUGUAUAUAAAACAGCUUUGUACUCAGUUGGAAAAGAGUAACAUGUAUGGUUUUAUUGAUCCAAAUUUCAUUCAACCACAAAAUGAUCGAGCCAGUUCUCAGUCUCACAUAACUGAAAAGCUGUUUGAAAAUGACAAAGACUGUUUUUUUGUACCAUACCUCAACAACCAUCAUUGGCAAUUGCUCAUUAUUGAGCCAAAGAAACAAAAUGUAGUCUUCCUAUGUUCGAUGGGUUUGAAGCCAGAGAAAAACAUUGUUUUUAUUGUUGAUUCAGCCAUAGAUGGAUAUAAUAGGUUGAAAGGUUCGAGAAAACAGAGAAAGCCAACAUGGAACAUUAAUCUCAAAGUAAGUUAA